AUUCUCAUUCCAUGGAGCUUUCGCCUUCCCCAUCUGCAUAACGGCGCCGUCAAAUUUCCCGUUACAGAUUCCCCGUCACUAUUAACGGACCCUGGACCACUUCCCGUCAUUCUCCUCCUCCUCCUUCUCUCACUCACUUUAAAAGGCUAGAAACCAAUCCUCACCGUUAAACGGACCCUCAUUAUCGUCGUCAUCCUCACAAACUAACAAAUCAUUCGGAAAAAAGAAGAGUAAACAAACAAAAAUGAAACGCAGCAAAAUCGAGUGGAAGUGCGAGAGAGUAGCUAGAGAGGAGAGAAUUAUGGUGAGGAACUGUGGAAGAAUUGCAGAGAUCACAGUAAUGGAGGUGGCGCCAGUAGGCGCGAAACCUAGAACUAGAGCUCGAGGUCUGGCAGUCGAAGCGACAACUACAAGCACGCCUACAGUGAAGAAAAGGAAGUUCGAAGACGGAGAAUUGCGGAUUUCAUCAUCCUACAUCCAGCCCAGAAGUCGAACAAUUGCCGUAGAAAAUUCAGUUUCCUCGCCGGACAUUAAGCUUGGUAACCCGCCGGCAGCUGAGGAUCAGUGUCUCAGCCCCAGCGCAGAUCAUGAUGGAAGCGUCUCCGUAUAUUGCAGCUCAAGUAACGGAUCAAGCGACAAAGUAGACAACACGAUCAAAUUCGUAGAUCUGGAGGAUGAUAGUGUUGAAGUUGAAACAUCGACGUAUUAUAGCUGCAGAGAAAGGAGGGAGACCACGCCGUCUAGCGAGCUACGAGAAGAAUCAGACGCCAUGGAUUCGGCAACAAAACCAUCUGAUACGGAAUCUCAAAGCAGAUCAACGGAGACGAAGAUGCCAACGGAAGAAGAACUGGAAGAAUUCUUUAAGUUCGAGCAGGAAAAGCAGCUCCAGAAAUUCACUCAGAAGUAUAACUUCGACUUUGCCAAGGAUGAGCCUUUGGAGGGACGUUACGAGUGGGUUCGACUAAAGCCAUGACGAAAAGGCCAACCGCCGAGAGAAAGGCAAAGCUAGCAAAGGGGAAAGCAAUUGGCGUUCUCUUUAAUAUUUAUUUAUAGCUUAGGUAUCACUGCAACUGUGCUACUAAUUUCAAACUUAGCUAUUUUCUAGGCUUUCGUUUUUCCUAAUUGCUAGCUAUUUGUUUCUUUAUUCCAAUUAUUGUAUAGGUCUUUUUUUUUUUAAUCAGAAAGUAGGAGAAGAAGCAAUGUGUUUGUUUCAAAGUACGAAUUUACAGACGUUAGAAGAAGCUUCUCUUCUCUGCAAAAACAAAAGAAUGAAUGCAGAAUUCACUUGAUAAGAAAAAACCGUUUAAUAACGAA